AUGCGUGUUCUAUCUCUCGCUACUCUGGGCUUGAUCCCACUGGUUCAGCUCGUCGCUUCACAAGAUCUGUCUACCCUCCCAUCUUGCGCUGUUACCUGUGCCCUCACAGCCAUUGGCGCCACAGGCUGUGCGACCACCGACGCGAUGUGUAUUUGCUCGGCCACCUCAUUCCUGACAAGCGUUCAGACAUGCAUCAGCACCGCCUGCAGUGCUGCUGAUCAAGCAGCAACCCUGGCCUUCGCCCAGCAAUUCUGCCUCUCUGGCGGUGUGACCAUCACGCUACCUUCUGGCUCAGCACCUCCCGCACCUGCCUCGUCGACCACCGCCUCAGGCACAGGAAGUGCUGGUGCACCUGCGACUGUGUCCGCGACGGCGACAUCCACAGCGAUGAUGCCUCCGUCUACCACGAGCGCUGCCGCAUCCGCGUACACUGGUGCCGCAGCCGUGCUCCAGCAGCAGUGGGGCAUCAUGGGCCUUCUGGGCUUGGGUGUCGCGGCCGUGAUCUGA